AUGGGAGAUUUGGUGCAACCGUUUGUUGUUGAUGAGGUGCAAAAUGCAGAUAAGAAGACGUCCUUUUAUGUAAAGUUGAUGUGGUCAGUUAUUGCGUACUUAAUACUUAGGUUAUGCAAUGAGCUUUCACUAUAUGGAAUUCACUCCACGGUUUGGGCUGAUCCGUUCCCUUGGAUGUCUGUCAUCUUUACUGUUUCCAGUCGUAGAAACAUCAUGUAUCUUGUCCUGGCUUCCAGUGUCGCCUUCCCCCUUGCCAUGUCUAUGUUGGUGAUGGAACUAUUGCUUUGGUUUAAUAUUCUUCAACUUGACAAAGACGUCGAAGAGGACCGUGCACUUUGGAAUUAUGCACAGAAGGUGUUGGGAAUUCUGAUAACUAUUGGUAUGGCUGUAGCAUGUGUUCUUUGUGGGAUGUAUGGAAGUGUUGACGAGCUCGGUGUUGGCAACGCAAUUCUUAAAGUUGUUCAACAGUGCUUUGGUGGAAUCAUUGUCAUCUUCCUGGUAGAAUUUGAAAAGAGAUACGAUAUUUUCUGA